AAUCAUAGAUUCAGGGUAGCAGGGUGAUGAUUUACCGUUCGCCUGGCGCUUUCUCCUACCACUUGUGCGCAUCUUCUGUUGCUUUUUAACAACAUUUAUCCAUCCUCUGAAAACAUGCCGAAUUCUGACUGGAUAAUCUCGUCAAAGUACCAAGCCGAUCCUUCAGUGGCAGGAGCUGAAGCCCAAUGGAGAUCGAGCCCCAAAUUGGAGAAAUAUUUCAUGUCUGAUGAUUUAGAGAAGACCAAGCUCAGAAAGAUGGUUCGGACUGGCAUACCCGAUUCACUCAGAGGGGAACUAUAUGCAAGAAUGUUGAAACUCGACAAACUUAAUGAGUACGAGAAAAACUAUGAAAUCGCCCUGUCGCGGACUCACGGAACUCAGAUCCCGGCGACACCCCUUCCUCCCACCUUCGGCGGUCGAUCAUAUCGGCAUGGUAUUGCCUUAAAUGCGAAGGGUACCGCGAUCGUCGAACACGUUCUAUGCAUCCUUGCGCAUGACUUCCCGAAUCUAGAGUAUUGUCCCUUUGUUCCAGCUUGCGUCACGCUACUUGCCCAUCAUAUGCGGAACGAAGAUGAACUUCUCGCAGCUGCGGUUAGCAUCAUAAAGCGAAGCAUGGCGCAGUCUCAAGUAAUGUCCAGUUCAAACUUGUCAAAAUCUUCCUCCAGUGUGGCCAUAGGAGAAUGGGCUUUUUUCCCGACGUAUAGAAAAGGUGUCAAGUUCAUGUUUCGGGCCUUUGGAAACCUGCUGCACAGAACCAACCGAAAACUCCAUUAUCACAUUACGGAGCUUCAUUCGUCUUCUCCCGACCCUGUAUGGGCGUCCUGGCUCACGAGUUUGUUCAUUGAUGUCUUCCCGCAGCCAGCUUUAUGGCGAAUGCUUGACUGCUUCGUAUUGGAGGGUUAUAAGGCGCUAUUCCGGUUCGGGGUGGGCAUGCUGCUGGCAAAUCGGGACGGAGUUAUGCAACAAACUGACUUGGCGGGAGUGAAAGCACUUUUAACACCAGAGAAUCCUGUGUUCAAGAACUUGGCCCCAUUAUGUAAAGCAGCUGAUGGCGUGAACGCAGCCCGCGCAGAGGUCCGCAAAUUGGUCGAGCACCAUCAAACAUUGGCUGCGAUAAGUCGAAGUGACGAUAUCCACGAAGCACAGUACCGGUUUCAGCGGGGCUUGCCAAAGAUUGUAGGAGGAUUGAGCGAUACAGGCACUGGCAGUAGCAUUUUGAGUGACGAGCAUUGGAUUGCACUGUGGAGUUGGAUACCGCCUUCGAAACGGGUUGAAGGACUGGAAUUGCUAUUUACGACAAAAGAGCAUGGGACCCAUGUAAAUAACUUGUUUCGCAGGACCGAUGACAGAGCUCCUUUGAUUUUACUAGUGGAGACAACCGAGGGUGCAGUGUUUGGGGCUUUUCUAAGUCACGCAUGGCCAGGAGAGGGUGAAAGAACUGGGGAAUGGUACGGUAAUGGCGAAACGUUUUUGUUUACGCUAGAACCGUACGCAAAACUGUACCCUUGGGUCGGUCGGACGCAUACCAUAAUUGAAACUGAGUCUCCAGAUGGUGAUCUGUCAGAAAGUGCUGCUUCCCCUUCCAGCAUUUAUACUGCCGAUUAUGUACGAGAUAGAGCAUCCAUGUUCAUCAUGAUUGACAAGAAGCAGAUCUACAUUGGAGGCGGAGGGAGCGGCACGGGUCUCUUCCUAAACGAAACGUUGACGGCGGGUGAUACGGGUCCUUGCCAGACAUUCGAAAAUGCGCCUUUAACGGGCUCAAAGGAUAAGCGUUUCGAGUGCCACGUCGUGGAAGUUUUUGCCUUUAGUUGAACACUUUGAACGUGUACUUCAAAGGCACGAACCGGCCGACAUCAGGGUGAAGGCUUAGGGCUACUAGUAUGUACAUAUACUUUCUCCUUAGAAUAUACAAAAUCUAUAUACAUA